AUGCCCAAACUGAUUCUAUACCAGGUUCUGGACGUCCAGGAGGACGCUACGAUUGGUCAGAUCGAGCAGGCGUAUCGCACGCGGUCUCUGCAGUUUCUGACGACUCUUUUGGGCAACAAUUACGACUACUUUUACUCGGUUUCGGACGCCUUUCAGAUUCUGCGUAAACACCGCGAGUUCUAUGAGACGAGCGGCGACUCGCCCGAGUUUUUUGCGCGCGUCGGGCCCGAGCUCCAGGAUGCGGUGGAUUUCUUCGUGCAGUGUUUUGGCGUACCGCAGCUGGAGAUCUUCACCGGCCCGGUGCCGAUUCUGUACUGGAUCCAGGAGCUGCGGCGGUCCUUCCCGUUCACAGACACGUACAAUCACAUUACCACGGAAGGAAUCACGGACAAGACGAUGGAGUUGAUGCGGCGCAACGCGUGGCAGGGAAACGAGACGCUGCAGAAGGAAAAGAACCGGUCACACGAGUUUGAUAUCACGGGCGCCAUCAACGUGCAAGAUGCGGCGCAGCUGAUUGUCCAGCAGCUGUUGGACGUGGAUCUGGAAGGAGACGACAACAUCAAGCUGCAAAAGGCAGGCAAAUUGGAGCAGGAAACCGGGGUCUUCCCCACCGAGGGCUUCUCCCCACAGUUCACCGACUCCAUUGUGAAGAAGCUGAAGCCGUAUUUCCGCAUUCCGUUUGCCGUGGACGUUCUCAAGGCUCUGGGAACAAUUUUCAUGGUCCGUGCGGAAGGCUACGCCGCCAAGUACCGGGGCAAGCUGUUUUCGUCGGUGGUGUCCAACAAAUCAGCCAACAAUGCCUCUUCGUUGAUUGAGAAGAUUGUGUGGUCGAAAAACCGACUCCACGCCAUCUCCAAGUACUUCAAGCAGAUUGGAGGGUCCAUCGACGACCAGGUCAACAUCAUCUACACCGAGUUUUUCUACCAGCUGGUGCGGGAGGUGUGUCUGGCAGCCAACUUGACGGUUUCGGAGAUCUUUGAGGGCGAAUGGGCCGCCAAGGAAGACAAGAAGGACAAGAUGGUUCGUGCAUACCGCAUUUGGGAGAUUGGCAACUUUCUGUGCAUCGAGGCGACCCGAACUGCCGCCGAAAGAGGCAUUUCCAUCGAGCACAACCCUAACCUGCAACAUGACGACGUGUUGGCCGGAGCAAUCUACCUCACAGCCUUCAACGAGGCACUGGUGCUGGCCAAGAAACGCAAUCUCUCGAAUAUCGACUAUUCCAACGGAAAGGCGGCCGCUCCUUUCCCUCAGGGAGCCAGCUUUGAUCCCUGGGCCGUGGGAGUCGUGUGGUCGCCAUGGGACGUGGUGUCCGACUGCUCGGGCUCGGGAGGAGUGGUCACCACGGAAGACGUGUUUACCGGCGACGAGGACAAGAGGUAUGAUGUGGAGGUGACUGCUCAGGGCGGUACUGAUGCGGGUUAG